UGUGAGUCGUGUGAUUGCUCUUGUGGCACCGUGGACCUUCGAUUCGAGGCGUUUCAGCCAGCUACUAGUAGCUCUGGUUACAUCGUAUGAUAGACAACCAAGCUCCCUGCUUUGUCCCAUUCGAAGUAAGCACUAUGCAUAUCAACCAGCUUCCGAAGAUAUCACUAGACGAUGCGACCGAACGUCCAGCAUCAGUACCUUUGGUGGAUCGGUCGGCUCUCCAGUUAGCAUCUAGAGAUGUCAAAGCUCUCAGAACAUCUCGCGUUGCUAGCGAAUCGGCAAUAUCGAUGACAGAAAAACAAGCCGUCGUACCUGUUGAUCUCAUGGCCAAUCUGAAGCGAGCAGAACCAUCCGUUGUCAAAACGAGAACAGGAAGCGUGUUGUCCAGAGGCUUCAUCUUGAAAACCGAUUAUUACCCGUCUGGCCGAGCUCUUGAUCUCGAUUUGAAUGUCCAUGGUGCUCCCAACUUCAGGGCAUCACGCAACACAAACGUCUUCGGAGUUGCUCAGCCUCGCACACAGGGCCUACGAGCUAUUCUUUCCAUCUUGCGCUGUCGUCCUGGUACUGCCAGUCCGUCUCAUGUCGUUUGGUUUUCUACGCGGGAGGAACCGAUCGUGUAUAUAUCAGGACGACCCUUCGUAUUGCGCGAUUCCGCUGAACCAAGAAGAACCUUAUCAUUAUCCGAUCGCGCUGAAAAUCUGGAAGCCAUAGAAGAACGUUUGAAAAAUGACAUCUUACAGGAAUCAACAAAGUAUGGAGGCCUGAUAUUGACCCACAAUGAACUGCCUGCCGAGAGCGGGGACGGCGCUGUUUUACCUACCUGGACUCAUGUUGACAAUGUCAACGUAAGAACAUCACGAGAACUCUGGGACGAAAUGCGUGCAGAUGGAUGGAAUGUAGAGUAUCAUCGUAUCCCCAUAUCCCCCGACCGUCCCAUUGAAGACAACUACUUAGAUGCGUACCUACGUGUUAUCACAAACACAGAUCCAGUACGAAGUGCCCUUGUAUUUUCUUGCGGUAUGGGUGCCGUCCGAACUACAUUCGCCAUGGUUGCCGCCGUGAUUGUCAGGAGGAAAAUGCUGCUCGCUAGGGGUUUAGAAGAUCCAUACCCGAGUAGGUCAUCUUUCUUGAGCAAUUUAGGUAGCGGGUCCUAUAAGACGGGUAACGGCAGCCCGGGCAUCAGUACGCCUACAAAUCAGGCAGCCACUGAUAUCAAGCUAGCUCAAGCGCUGGAAAAUGCCAGUGCACAACAGGACCAAAACAAGUCACUUCUAAGAUUGACAUAUGUAUUACAGCGACAUCUCCAUUCUCAGUCUGUGAUUGCCUUGCUGAUGGCGCAACCCACACUCUUGGAGAAUUUGCGCAAAGCACACCAAGGCAACUAUGGAGUGAUACUAAGUCUACUUGGGUGUUUAGAUCACGGCUUACAGGCUAAAAGACUGGUCGACCGUGUAAUAGAUGCAUGUGAUCAUGUAAAUAAUCUCCGAGAAGACAUCCUCACAUACAGGGUCAAGUAUUCACUCACAACGGCCGAUAGUGACGAAAGCAAACGAGAAGAUCUCUUAUCCAAGGCUCGGAGAGCGCUGGAGAAAUAUUUCUUCAUGAUCACCUUUGCGAGCUAUGUUGAUUCUGUCAAGGACUUUGAGAUAACAUUUUCGGAUUGGCUGAAGGCGAGAACAGAAAUUUGGAAUCAAGUCAUGUUUCUCCGCAAGAUUUACGGCUCGAGGCUCAAUAUUUUUGCGCCCGUCAACGACCUCUCUCUCUUGUCAAGAUCAGGAACAGAAGAUAAAUCUCUAGUGGCUGGACAGAAGAAUGAUGUGGAGAUCGCCGGAGGUCAGCUGCUCGGCGAUGAGUAUAGCGACCACGUUGUCAAGAAUCGGAGUGGAAUCAUUUUGCGAGACAGCACGCUUCUCAAGUCAGACCAGUGGCUUUCAGAGUCUCAUCGUGUUUCAGACUCAGUCCGCGGGGCUAUCAACUUUCGUAACAUACCCGGGACUAACAUAUAUGCGAGCGGCCAACCAACUGAGUCCGCAGUCGAUGAGGUGGUGCAUCGUGUCAAAGUGGCACACCCUGACGCAAACAAAGUUGUGUGGGUGACAUUGAGAGAAGAGCCCAUUGUUUAUGUCAACGGCGCGCCAUACUGUUUAAGGCGCGAACGUUUCUCCCUCCGGAACAUGAAAGAUUAUGGAGGGAUUUCUGCAUCGCGACUAGAAGUCUUAGAAGAGCGCCUGAAAGAUGAUGUCCUUGCAGAGCUUGAAGCAUUUGAGGGAAGAUUGCUUCUUCACACAGAGACCUCAGAUGGAUCUGUGAUUCCCAUAUGGGAAGAAGUACAAUCCUCAAGCGUCGCAGUGCUCAAGGACAUCAUGGUAUCCCGUAAAUCUAGAUAUGGGUUGGAUCUCCAAUAUGUUCGGAUCCCAAUCACAUCCGAGCGUCCUCCCGAUUUCGCAGACAUAAGUGAGCUCAUGGACCUUGUUCUUCGUACAGACUCUUCCAGUACGGUUAUGGUCGUCAAUUGCCAGCUUGGGCGAGGAAGGAGCACUUUAACUUCCGUGUUGAUUGUCCUCAUUCAACAAUGGUUGAAUGACAGCCGGGCGCUCUCUCAGUGGUCAUCUCGGACAGAGGCUCGUUCGAUGUCGAUGUCGAUGACUUCUGAUAUGUUUCACGAUGAGCCUGCAAAUAAGCGCCAUUCAUAUCAAGUCAUCAAUAAUCUCCUUCGAAUCGUCCGGAAAGGUCCUGCAGUUAAGAACACUGUUGACGAGGUCAUUGAUCGAUGUGCGAUCGUGAUGAAUCUCAGGGACUCCAUCGAAGACGAACGUGAUUUGGCUGAGAAAGCGACUGAUGAGAAGCAAAAGCGCAUCCAUGCUUCAAAAGGGAUGCACAAUUUACAGCGCUACUUUGAACUCAUUCUGUUUCAGGCGUAUCUGCGAUCUACUGAGCCAGAUACGAUGCAGUCAUUUGAAACAUUCAAAAGUUUCAUUGAGAAUCGCCCAGUCAUCAAAACGUUCGAGAAGGAACUCAUUGCGGAAGGUUUGCGCGCCCUCAAGCCACUCGAGCGUGCGGAUGUCAAUGAGAGUGUAGCUCGUCCAGACGAAGUCAAGCAAGUGGUAGUAAACCGAUCUGGCAGCAUUCUCUCUGCAUCUACCAUUCUCAAGAGCGAUUUCUUCUCCAACUUGCAAAAGAUGUCGCUCCCUGAGAGGAUCGAAGGCUCUCCUAAUUUCCGUCGCGUGCCACUGACGUUGAAGCUUGGUUCUUCUCGGGCAUCUUCUCCUGUAGAUCCGGCUGAUGAGAAGAUGUUGUGCGGCAGCGGAAUGCCUACAGUUCAAGGUUUACGGCGAGCGCUAGCACGUGUUGAUGCUGAUCCACAAGGUCACAGUAUGGUGUACUGGACAUCCCUGCGAGAGGAACCGGUCAUCUAUAUCGCGGGCCAGCCCCAUGUUCUGCGGAUCGUGGACAAACCGCUUGAAAACGUAGAAGCAACUGGGGUCACAACAGCCAUGGUGGAGGCUAUGGAGGAACGUUUAAAGAAGGACGUUAUACGUGAGGUCAGAAUGGGUGAUGGACGUAUCCUUCUGCAUGAUGAACUUGAGGAGCGGCCUGGCGUGUUCUCUAUCAUACCCAUAUGGGAGACGGUGGAAGAGGCUGAUAUUAUGACCCCAAGGGAUGUUUUCAAUCUUAUGGCUAGGGAGGGAUUCAAGAUCAAUUAUGGCCGUGUUGCUAUCACCGACGAACAAGCGCCGUUGCCUGAUGCUCUGUCACAGUUACUGGAACGUGUCCGGUCUGGAUACCCAGAGGCGGAUGACUUCAUAUUCAAUUGUCAGAUGGGCCGUGGUCGUACAACCACGGGGAUGGUCACAGCCUGCUUGAUAUCAACGACGAUGAAUUGGCAGGGCGAAGAAAACUACAUUGACGGACAGGAAGACCCGGACAGUGUUGAAUAUGACUCCAUUGAUGGUCCCUCGGAGGAACAGGCUUACCGGCAAGGGGAGUACAAGACUAUAUUGCAACUUGUCGGCGUCUUGUCUCACGGCAAAAUCGCAAAGCGCCUGACGGACCGUGCCAUUGAUCUUAUGCAAGAUGUGCAAAAUCUUCGCAAGUCGAUAUACGACUACAAAGUCAAGGUAGAGGCCCUGGAAAAGGGAAGCGUGAAACAACGGAAGCUGAUGGACGUUGCGGUGAAUUACCUAUAUCGCUAUGGAACACUGAUCGUGUUUGCUAACUAUCUCAUUGAACUACGGGAGAUGCAGGGAAGAGAGACAAGAGGGUUUUCGGAUUGGCUUCGAGAACAUAGAGAGAUUGCGAAACUGCUGGGGAGGAGGUCAUUGGACUAAGGAUGGGUGCUUACUCCGUGAUGACGAUGACGAUGACGAUGACGAUGGCGAUGAUGACGACAACGACGAGGGGUUACUUAGGGCAUGUCGCAUUGCGCACAGGCUUUGUUCCGUCUCUAUGUAUACCUUGCUGCGCAGCUAUUGAUGUGAGAUGUUACACUGUUACGGUGAUGUCACAACGAGAGUGACCACUGCCACCGGUCGUUCCAUCAAUUAGGUUGCC